UGCGCCGACGCACGCAUGUAGUAUUUACCUCGUUGUAACCAAGAGGCUCCUAACAUACUUUUUAAAUGAAAUAGUGAUGUAUUCGAGUUGGGACUGAAUGGUGGUUUUUAUUAUAAUAAGUUAUUGUGUUGUUUGUGUUCAUACAGGCAGGAAUUAGUUCGGUUAGAUUUUCCUGCCAUCGCUCCAGUGCAGAACACAUUGCUAUUGCUACAACUUGGAGGAGAGUCAUAGUUUACAAAAUCUGCGUGUUCUUUGUGUGGAGUAGCAAUUAUUUGUUAGGACAAGAUGAAUUUCAUAUCAAACGUUCUAGAUUCAAUACCCGUCGUGGGUCACGUAAAAGGAACGUUCCACUAUAUGGUUGGGGAUGUCGACGGAGGAAACCAAGCGAUGUACCAGGCCAGCAGGUCGAGCGCGGUGCUGGCGGGCGGCGCGGCGGGCUGCGUGGGCGGGCCGGCGGGCGCCGCGCUGGGCGCCAUGUACGCCGGGCUGGCGGCGGACCUGCUGGCCUCGGGGGUGGCGGGCAAACCGCAAGGGAUUGUUCACAAUUGUGCAAAGGUUGGAAAAGAUAUUGCAGAAGGCAAAAACCCAACUAAAUCUAUAAUAUCGACAGGGGUGCAGCUCACUGUGGAUGGAGUGGGCGGUUUGGGAAUGGGUGGAGUUUCAAGCGCCGCCACUCAAAUUUCUGAGAAAGCUGUUUCGAAAACUAUACAAAAUGCUGGAAAAAAAGUCAUUGCAAGUGUCGGAGAGAAAACACUUCAGAAUUCGUUUCAAGUUUCGACUGCGCAAGCAACUAAUAUCUUAGUUAAGAAUACCUCAGAAAGGGUUGUAAAAAAGGUUAUAGAAAAAACUGUGUUGGUUGCCGAGGUUGCGCUGGUAUCGACCCAUGUAGAAGUGAGUGCUAAAAACAGAAGUGAACGGGAGGAAGAGGAGAAAGAACGCAAACGGAAAGAAAAUCGUGAGAAACAGAGAAGAGAAACUCAGGAGCGGCAAGAAAGAGAACGAAGACAAAAAGAGAAGGAGAGGCUGGAAAACGAACAAAAAGAGAGGGAGAGGCUGGCAAACGAACAAAGAGAGAGGGAGAGGCUGGCAAACGAACUAAGAGAGAGGGAGAGGCUGGCAAACGAACUAAGAGAGAGGGAGAGGCUGGCAAACGAACAAAGAGAGAGGGAGAGGCUGGCAAACGAACUAAGAGAGAGGGAGAGGCUGGCAAACGAACUAAGAGAGAGGGAGAGGCUGGCAAACGAACUAAGAGAGAGGGAGAGGCUGGCAAACGAACAAAGAGAGAGGGAGAGGCUGGCAAACGAACAAAGAGAGAGGGAGAGGCUGGCAAACAUAAGACGGCCGCCUGCUAAUGCCGGAGCGCCCACGUCGCCAGAACCUUCGGAACCCAAGAAGAAAAAUAAAAACAAAAAAUACUCUUUUAUUGUUUUACUACUUUUAUUACUUAAAAAAAUAUUGGAAUACAUUUGGAAAAAAUUGAAGGAAUUGUUUUAUAAAUUCGGCAUGCUAUUAAUUCUCUUUAUCAUAAUUUUAUAUCUUUAUCUAAAUGAAGAUUCUAUCGCCUGGAAGCAUCAAGAAUUGAAAUUUCGAUUAAUUUAGUGGCAAUUGAAUAAGUAAUUUUAUAUUUACGCUUUCUUUGUUCAUUGCAUAAUUUUACAACUUCGUUUGCCGUAAAAGUUUACUGACAACCUUUACGCAUAAUGUAAUAUUCCCUUAUUACUUCUUAGAGGAUUUGUGGGGAGGCAGUUUUGAUAUAUCAGUUUUUAAGUUACUUGUUUUUACCGCUACAUAUAACAAUUAUUCCAUGUUUUCUCAUUCCUAAGAGAAGUCUGGCUUUUUCUUAUUUUAGACUAAAUAUAAUACUUUCUUUAUUAUUUUCAUCUUGUUGCAAUAAAAUGUUAAAGUAUC